GUAGUCCGCUUCGCGCUAUUCGCGCCACCACGGUCCUCGGAACACGGUUCUCUCUAACUUCUGACUGGUUCGGCUCUGUCUCGCACCCGCCUCUUCCCCCUCUUUUUACCGCUCGCUAUUACUCUUCUCUCUUUCUCUUUAUCUGUUUCUCUCUCUCUCUCUCUCUCUCUCUUUUCCCUCUCUCUAACUCCGUUCCCCUCUCCAUUCUUUCUCACUCGCUCUUCCCUCCCUCCAGGUUCGUGGUCUUCCCUUCCCCCGUCCCUGUUCUUCGCCUGACGACGCUGCUCUCUCGGGCAUUUCGCCGGAAACCGACGCCGCGCGAGGACUGAGCGUUUCGUUUAACGCGUUACGUACCAUCUAUCUUUUUUUUUCUCUUGCCGUUCCGUAAGCGGACACGCAAGCAAGCAAGCAGAGGCAUCUCGGGAUUCGAAGUGAAGACGAAUCACAUAUAGUACGAUCUAUCAUCAUGAGUACCAAGGAAAACAACGAGGUCGCUGUAGAGAAGGUGGCAGAAAACGACAAGGCUUCGGCGGACGCUAAGUGUGAGAUCAAGGGAAUCAAGAGGCCGGCCGAAGAGAAAAACGAUGAAGCAAAGAAGCAAAAAAAAGAAGAAAAUGGAGAUGGAGAAGUAGAAGAGGAGGAAAUUGAGGAGGAGGUUGAAGAAGAGGAAGAAGUAGACGGAGAUGGUGAAGAAGAUGAUGAAGAGGACGAUAUACCGGAAGGCGAAGAAGAUUUAGAAGAAGGAGAAGAAGAGGAAGAGGAUGAAGCGGAAGGUGAAGGUGAAGAGGUGGAAGAUGAAGAGGAGGACGCAUAAUGAAAAGAGGGAGAACAAUAUGUAAGUAAAACGGGAGGAAGGCACGUGGCAUCAUCGUCGAUCUUCGGCAGUCUUCUCAGCAAACACUUACUCUCAUAUUGAGUGGUUGGUAGCAAUGUUGAUAUCGAUCGUGCCCAAAUCCAUGUCGUUGGAUCAUCCUCCUGAGCUACGAAAUAAAAAUUACCACCUCACCGGAGUUGUGUCGGGCUGACGCAUUAUAUUAAUGCAGUCGCGUUUUUCUACUGUCUUGGCUCUUCGCAAUUCUGGUAUCUUCUAGCCGUAACCAAAUACUGUUAGGUCGUUCGCACGAAAAUUGUACAUUUGUCCUGAGGACGGCAUUAAAACCGAAUAAUAAAUCCGAUAUACAUACACAUAAUAUAUACGUAUAUAUUAGUGUUUGUGUAUAUAUAUAUGUAUAUUAUGUGUAUAUAUAUAUAUACAUAUAUAUAUAUAUAUAUAUAUAUAUAUAUAUAUAUAUAUAUAGAUGUAUGUAUAUAUAUAUAUGGAUGUAUGUAUGCUCUUAGGCCCCUUAAUAUACCAACAAAAUCUGGUAUAUUCAAUGGCUACUGCUUGUCCUCGAGAUGAAUAUACCGCUUUAAUAUGAACCACCUACUAAACUGGUAUUUGCCGUCAUCUGGCUUUCUGCGAGGGACAGUUUUUUUAUCGAAAACUUAUUUAAGAAUAUAUAAGAAAAGUAAAAAAAAACUAUUGUAUUUAAAUAGUGUAAAAUGGACAUUUGUGGGCGUUGAUUUUUUUUUACAUUUGAAAUCAAAUUUAAGUUUAUAGUUCGACGAAUGUCUCUCACCUAGUGCGUGUGAUUGAGUUUUUCUUUUCAACCGAUACGUGUAAUAGCAGUGUCUUCGCAGGAGCGCGAGGCUCGCAGAGAAAAAAAUUAAGUGGUGCAUGAGAACGCGUACAUAAAAGACAAACGAAACAGAACGAAAUUAAAUGAAACAUAACUUAAAGGUAAAAACAGAAAUUAAAACAAAGAAAAAUCAACAAUGAUACAAAUCGUACGGACAUCUCUCGACAUUCGGACGCAUAUAUACUAGACAAAUUCGUAAAUAAACUAUAAUAAUAAUAAUAAUAAUAAUAAUAAUAAAAAAUGAAAACAAAAAUAUAAAACCCCACCGCUUCGUGCUCCUGUUUAAUAAUGAGACAGGCAUAUUAAGGUUAUGUAAAUGCAAUGUUCGCGCCAGGUAGUAUGGAUGAGUAAUGUGUGACUUAAACAUUGCAUAAUAAUUAUACAUAGUAUGUAUAAAGUUAUGAAGUAAGAAAACAUUUUAUUAUUAACGAUAAUAUUAUCUAACGUAAUGUAACGUAACGUAAUGCGGGGAGGUUGUUACUCUUUAGACUUGGGCAUAGCGAGUAGGGAGAGCAUUUAUAUAUCCGAUCGCCGAAGCUCACAAAGGCUGCUCUGCUGCUGAUGCUACUGCUACUGCGCUCCAUCGUUGUUCCAUUUCUGUUGGAUGUAAUCUAUUCUAUUCUAUUCUUAUGGAAACACGUAAAAAAAAAGAAAGAAAAAGAAAAAAAAAAAAAGAAAAAAUCAAUUCUAUAUUUAUAUUAUUUCUUCUCACAGUUAAUUUUGAAAUAGAGGGAAUAUAACGUGUAGUAGGCAAAUCUAUGAAAUCUUAAAAGGUAUUUUAUUAUUGCUAAGACGACGUAUAUUCGAUAGCAUAGAAGAUCCGAUAACUCUCCCUAUUCCAGUGUUCUCUCUCUCUUUCUCUCUUUCUCUCUUUCUCUCUCUCUCUCUCUCUCUCUCUCUCUCUCUCUUUUUCUCUCUCUCUCUCUCUCUCUCUCUCUCUCUCAUUUGAACGUAUUCAAUUGUAUUUUUGUGUACUGUGGUUUUACUUCGAUUUCAUUGUCGUGGGCUACUCAUAGCAGUGAUUCUCGUUGACUGUCGCAGAGAACAAGUGAUGGGGUAUUCCUAGUGAUUCCUUUUCAUUCAUUACGAUCGGUAUCUUAACGGUGACACAUUAUUAAUAUGUAGCCGCAAAAAAAAAAAAAAAGAUCUGUCAAACGCCGCUUUAAUACAGGGAUCAUUCUUUAUACUUGAUAAAGAUGAUUCACUUAGUUACACCGACAGUCAAAAAGCGACGACGAUGCUCUUAUACAUUUAGUAUUAAGAGUUAGUGGAUCAGUUGCAAACAAAGAUACGUCUAUGCUGUCACUUAUUUUUUUGGGAGACUGUUAAACAAGAAGAAGAAGAAGAAGAAGAAAAUGAAGAAGAAGGGUGAAGAGACAUUGCGGUUACGAUACCAUUGUACCAUAGCUGCAUAAUAAUUAAAUAAAGAUAACGAUAAUUUGAAUGCGAGACGAUGUCCCACGUUUUAAUGUACAAAUAUUUUCGAAUGAGGUAGUUAAAUAAAAACACAGUUAGAUCGGAUAAAUCAAUUCGUUCUCGUGAAGUAGCAAUGGGUUUUAAUAUCUGAAUAAAAAAAAAAAUAAAAUAAAAAUAAGGGAAUAAUAAUAAUAAUAAUAAUAAAUAAUAAUAAUAAUAAUAAAUAAUAAUAAUGAUAAUGAUGAAGAAAAAAUUAUAAGAAUGAUCGCGGUUUUAUAGACUGCCGUGUCUCAUAUGACCGUGAAAGAAAAAGAAUUGGCUGUAUGAAACCUAAGGAGAUGGACUGGACCGUGUCUUUCGUGCUUGUAUUCUUGUGCACGAUUGUAAGCGCGAUCGUGUGUAUUAUGUGUGUGCGUGCGUGCGUGCGUGCAUGUUGGUAUCCUAGACCUACGAAAGAUCAAUAAGAAAAAGACAGGAAAAGAAGAAUAAAAAAGGUGUGGAAUGAGGCACGAACGCAUUCAAAGGGGCACACGAUAUGUAAAAGAUCGCCUGGCUGAUUCUUUAUUAUUAAUAUACGGGCCAUACCAUUUCUGGCAGUUUCUCUCUGUUAACAAAACACAACUACGGUUUUAUACACAAAACUGCUACUGUAAUGUACACGUGCUUGCUUCAAGAUAGUACCUUGUCUCUAAUUGUUGACAAAGAACUAUCUUAAAGUAUGGAAUGCCUGAGAAAAGAGAAAACUGAGUACUUUAGCAUUCAUAGUAUACUAUACGUACACUAUAAGUAUAGGUCUAUUUAAUUUUAUUAAUAUAAUGAAAUGUCAAGCCCCGUUUGCAACACGAUCAGAAAAAAAAAAGAAAAAAAAAAGAAAAAAAAAAAAGAAAAAAAAAAAAGACUUGCGUUAUGUACUACAUGAAGCCAGAGAAUAUACACGAUACAUUUUGUUCUCUGCUCGAGUAUACAACGCAAUUCAGAAAAUUAAACUUUACUGGUGCUAACGGGUCUUAAAAUCAAUCAGGCUGAACAUGCCCAGAUAACCGUUACAUCCCUACGUUUGUUAGGUAAGCAUGAAGAUGAUAAACAAAAAAAGAAAAAAAGAAAAUAAAAAUAAAAAACAAACACAGAAUUUUGAGAUAAAAUCUGGUAACGAUACACAUCUUUAAGAUUUAAACGUAAACGAAGUCUUAGGCUAAGAAUUUGGUUUGUGUGUUCAUAAGUCUUGUUCAAACUACUUUUGUACAGGAUACCAUCGCAUCAUCUCUCUUCCCCCCUUUCUAUCUCUCUCUCCCUCUCUCUCUCUCUCUCUCUCUCUCUCUCUCUCUCUCUCUCUCUCUCUCUCUCUCUCUCUCUCUCUCUCUCUCUCUCUCUCGACGUAACAGUAACCGACACCACAGACUACAUUUUCUGCCCAUUCCAUCAGAUUUGAAACUUUCAUUGUAUUUUUAAGUAAAUACAUUUUGAAAAACAUUACAGAUGUACCUUUUUAUUCUUCACUAGUGUGUGAAGGAGAAUAUCUCUUCCCAUUUAGAUUAAAAAAUAUUUACAUGAUGUUAUUUUUCUAUCGGUAUAUUUAUGAAAAAUAAAAAAAAAUUAUAAAUCGA